AUGACGUGUGAAGUCCAGGGUUUGGGUCUGGCGUCCGUUUGUACGGGGUUGACUCGUGUCAAGUUACCACACGGAACACAGAGGGGAGGACCGCCUCGGCGAAAAGUCAUUCCACUGGAUUUUAUCGCGCCAGGACUUGACUACCAGGGUAUCAUAACGACACAAGGCUACAAGAAGUUUGAAUCCCCCUUUGGUGGCAUCUCGAUUAGAAUCUCCAACUUGAAUGCAAUUAGCCUCCUGGACAUCGAACGGGAGAAAGAGCAGUACAGUCGACAAACUCCCUCGGGCUAUCUUGACAGGACUCUAAUACGCGAUCAAGACGAACAAAGCGCCAACCCUGGUACCUCCGAAGCACGAGUUCUUAUCCUUGGCCCUCUGCCCAACACCGACCUCCAAGAGUUAUGA